AUGAAGGACAUGAGCAGGUGGUGCGACUUCCACCGCGACAAUGGCCACACAACCGAGGAAUGCAUCUCCCUCAAAAAGGAGGUAGCAUAUCUAUUGAAAAGAGGCCACCUGAAGGAUCUGCUGAGCGACAAAGGAAAGGAGACGUACAACAAGGACAACAACGCCCAACCCAGCCCAGCACCAAGCGGCGACCGACCGGCCCCGACCAUGUUCGAAAAAGUGGUAAAUAUUAUUUCUGGCGGUUCAGAUAUAUGUGGACUAACUUCUUCUGCAGCUAAGAAAAUCAACAGAGGCGAAUCUGAAGCCGUCAAAGAGGGGCAGACCGAAGAUGAAGUAGCACUCGACAAGUCAUUAGCAGCGAUGACAAUAACCUUCGACGAUUCAGAUUCAACCGACACACAACAGGAACACCAUGACGGGCUAGUCAUAUCACUCCCAAUAGGCAACGCUCUCAUCAAAAGGAUAUUGAUCGACAACGGCAGUUCAGCAAACGUACUGUUCUUAGAGGCUCUGCAAGAAAUGGGACUAGAAGAAAAGAGUAUAAUCAGAAGGUCGACAGUCUUAGUAGGAUUCAGUGGAGAAUCGCUACGAACAGUAGGGGAGAUAUCGAUGCCUACGUACGCAGAAGGUGUUAAUGUGAUGACCAAAUUCAACGUCGUCGACUGCCCAUCAGCAUACAACGUCAUUUUAGGACGACCAUGGAUCCACAAAAUGAAAGCGGUGCCAUCAACAUACCACCAGUCAAUCAAGUUCCCAACCAAAUGGGGAGUCAUGGAAAUCAAAGGACAACAAAGGGACGCAAAGAAAUGUUAUUAA